ACGUAGCCCCGCCCCCGCACCGUCUCCAGGGGGACGGACCCCGGAGAAGGCGGAGGCUGCGCUGCUGCUGCUGCUGGGGUUUUUAUUAUCCUUCCCUUUCCAAGAUGGCGGCGCUGAGUGUAAACAAGGUCGGGUCCGGAUCUGGCGCCGUCGAGGCCGGGAGCAGGCAGAGCAGGAGCCCCGGAGGCCCCGCGGUGAAGGUUCUGGAAUGUGGAGUCUGUGAAGAUGUAUUCUCAUUGCAAGGAGAUAAAGUUCCUAGACUGCUUCUCUGUGGCCAUACUGUCUGCCAUGACUGUCUCACUCGACUUCCUCUCCAUGGUAGAGCAGUUCGAUGCCCUUUUGAUCGGCAGGUUACUGAAUUAGGAGACUCUGGAGUGUGGGGUUUGAAAAAAAACUUUGCUCUAUUGGAACUUCUAGAGCGACUGCAAAAUGGGCUUGGUGGUCAGUGUGGAACAACUGAAGAAGCUAUCGGCCUCUCUGGAGAGUGUAUCAUCCGCUGUGAUGAAGACGACACUCAUCUUGCUUCUGUAUACUGCACUGUUUGUGCCACUCACCUAUGUGCAGAGUGUUCCCAGCUUACGCAUUCUACAAAGACACUAGCAAAACACAGACGUGUGCCACUGGCUGAUAAACCUCAUGAGAAAACAAUGUGCCCUCAGCACCAGGUGCAUGCCAUUGAAUUUGUGUGCUUGGAAGAAGGUUGUCAAGCCAGUCCCCUUAUGUGUUGUGUCUGCAAAGAAUAUGGAAAGCACCAGGGUCAUAAACACAGUGUUUUGGAACCAGAGGCAAACCAGAUCCGUGCUUCCAUUUUAGACAUGGCUCAUUGUAUAAGAACUUUCACAGAAGAAAUCUCAGAUUACUCCCGGAAAUUAGUUGGAAUAGUUCAACAAAUAGAAGGAGGAGAACAGAUAAUUGAAGAUGGUGUUGGAAUGGCCCAUACUGAACAUGUCCCAGGUACUGCAGAAAAUGCUCGUUCAUGUGUCCGAGCCUAUUUUUCUGACCUUCAUGAGACCCUCUGCCGCCAAGAAGAAAUGGCACUUAGUGUGGUUGAUGCCCAUGUACGAGAAAAAUUGAUCUGGCUUAGGCAGCAACAAGAAGAUAUGACUAUUCUGUUGUCACAAGUUUCAACAGCUUGUCUUCACUGUGAAAAAACUUUGCAACAGUUUGGGAAAGCCUACAGCGUGCAGGAAAUGGGUUUGCAAUGGGUUACACAAAUUAGCCUGCAUCUGGCACCUGCAUUGGCAACCAGCUUCACAGCAUGUGAUAUCCUGAAUCUGGGUGCCAACUGCUUUGGAACCAAAACGCACACACAAUGCUUCACAGUAAUAUUUUCCUUUGCUACAGCACCUGGACCUGAAGAAUGUUUUUGGAGAAAGACAAAUGCAAUGUCAAGGCUCUCUUUAAAAAACAAAAACAAAAAACUUUCCUCUCUUCUGCAGGAUAACAGGGUACACAUUGGGCCAAAAAUGGAGAUCCGGGUUGUAACUCUUGGAUUAGAUGGAGCAGGCAAAACAACUAUUUUGUUUAAGCUAAAGCAAGAUGAAUUUAUGCAACCUAUUCCAACAAUAGGUUUUAAUGUUGAAACUGUUGAAUAUAAAAACCUGAAGUUCACUAUUUGGGAUGUUGGUGGUAAACACAAGCUAAGGCCUUUAUGGAAACAUUAUUACCUCAAUACACAAGCCGUGGUGUUUGUUAUUGAUAGCAGCCACAGAGACAGAGUCAGCGAGGCACACAGUGAACUUGCCAAACUAUUAACAGAGAAAGAGUUGCGAGAUGCACUGUUGCUGAUCUUUGCCAAUAAGCAGGAUGUAGCAGGGGCACUUUCUGUAGAAGAAAUCACAGAACUGCUAAGUCUUCACAAACUCUGCUGUGGUCGUAGCUGGUACAUUCAAGGUUGCGAUGCCCGAAGUGGCAUGGGACUGUAUGAGGGACUGGACUGGUUGUCAAGACAUCUGGUAGCUGCAGGUGUACUGGAUGUGGCUUAAGGCCCUACUGAGAGGCAUUAAACUUGAAGAUCUGUUAAUUUAUUUGUGUGACUGAGUAUCUAAGAUGAACUUAUCUGUUUUUCCUACAGAAAACACUAACAGUUUUGCUGGAAUGGUUAUUAAAGUGUAGUAAAGUGAGUGUGUAACUCCUAUAAAUUAUGGUAACAUAGUGGAUUUGCAGGAAAGGUGCCUUGAUUCUUCUAAAAAUGAAAUAUAAAAGGUUCCCCGGUUAACAGAUUAAUCCAUUGUUAAGACUAGGGCUUUCAGGAGUUGGCAUUUAUUUGACCUACUUUUUUCAGAGUUGCAUUUGUUGCAUUCACUUUAGAGUGGAUUUAGAUUGAGGUACAUGGGAGUAGACUUGUGAAAGCAUUCUUUCCUCUCUCCUCCUUCCUGUGGCAGCCCCUUUCCUGAAAAUGCUUCACAGUGGAUUAGAGGAUUAUGUGAAUGCUAGAAGCUGGGGGUCAGGGGAGAUGCCUGAAAAUUGGGUGGAAACACCUUCCAUGAAUAGAACCCUGCUGUGCAUGGAAGCCAGAUAUUGGGUUCCGCUGUGUUUCUCGGGUUUGAGAAACUUUUCUACUGUUCAGUUGCCAACAUGUGUCAAAAGAUGAGCAAGUACAGCAAGGACUGAACUGUCUAGCCUCUCUUCUGGUUUUACAGCUUUGCUUCUUUUAAGUACAAAACUCAAGUAUGUAUCUUGAGCAGAUCACAGCACUUGUUUUGGUUUGGGGAAUGAUCUCUUUAUUUCUUAGGUUUUACAUAUUGAAAAAAUGGUUGCACUUAUCAGAGACUCACUUAUUCUUUUGCACCAUGUCAAUUGCAUAGUAUCUGUGAAUGAUAUUACUUUUAAAUAUUGUGUCAACAAAAUGCACACUUUUUCGUGUUAGUUAGAGAAGCUGCUGUGAAUUAUUUGUUUUGGCUAAUCUGCUUUAUGAAAGGAGUUAUGGUAUAUCAUCAGUUGUAAUGCCUGAACAAAUACAUUGUGUACCUUUUAUUAGCAUGAUACCAUAAUUGGUGUGCUAGAUUUUUAGUUGCUUAAAAUCCCCACCCCACCCUUUGUUGUUGGACUUCUUAAGAUGUUAUAAUUAUCAGAAGCAGUAUUUGUUGAGCCUAACAGUGAAACCCUGUAUGAUAAGAAUUCUUAACAAAACAAAAUAGUGCAUUUCCUGUACAAGUAUUAUUUGUGGUAUGAUGAACACAGGCCUUUUUGUGGGAGCUGGAGCAGCAGUAGAGAGAAAUAAUAGGGGUUCAAUGGCUGUGGUUGAGAGGGGUGGAAAUCAUACCUCAUGUUCCACCUUUCAAGAAGAUAGCAGUACGACAGCAUGGGUCUUGUACAAAAUUAAACCAAAGAAAGCAAAUUAAAUCAAACACAGUUGCAUUGUGACAGGAAGCAGGUGGCAUUUGGUCAAGAAAAAAGCAGAAGAGCAAGGCAGAUCAGCGAAGAUGAUUUCUGAAUGUUGGAGACAUACAAGUUGUUGCUCACCUCAGGUUGCCCCAUUGGUUUUCUUCCCUUUAUUGGGUAUGAAUUUGAGAUCCCAAGCUGCUUCUGCCCUUUGUUGCCUUAUUGCCUCUUCUUUCACUUGUCCCAACAAUUCUGUUUGGAAACUGAGUUCCCCUUUUAGCUCUUGAAGGCUAUUUACUACUACUUUUCCAAUGGCUUUUCCCGGCAUUCCAUAAAUUCCCAUCCUCCCAUUGAAACUGCUAAAAUCAACUCCCACCCCUCUAAAGAUUCACUUUCAAUUUUUCCAUUUCUCCACCUCCCAUUUGGAUGUUCUUAAGAGAAGAAAACCCACACUUUGCAGGAAAAAAACUGGCAGUGAAAUUAAAUUCUAAGUUUCUCCUGGUGUUGUAAGUAACAGGCUUUUAUGGUAGCCAAUCUGAUCCCCACCAGUUUUGAGUGGAUGACUGAAAGAGUAAACUUCCCAAGUCACCUUAAAUGUGUCUUAAUGGAAGUCUCAACCAAUUACAGUGGUUGCAAUUAAAAAUAGAAAUUCUCUUAAACUUACAAUUUUUAUGAUUUUGAUAAAGGUGCAUUGUAUGCAUUUUCUGAAGCCCUUCCCUUCCCUGGCUGACACCUCAUCAAGUGGCCUGAAUGCCCUACGCUGUGCCUUACAGUCAACUACUCAUCUGAUGGCACAUUGCCUUUCACUUCCUCCUACCAAACAAAUUAAUCAUGCUUUAUCUUGAGUACUUUGUGAUGAAAAAUAAUGUAAAAAUCUUGAGAAUCUGGACUAUUUUUCUUGCACAGACUCAUAACAGAAGCACAGUUUCUCUUGUCAUCAUGGCUUGCUUUUAUUCCUGCUUGAAUACUGAAAGAGCUUUGAUUCAAAUUGCAUGUGUCUCUUUUAGGCUACAGACAAUUCUGCUUAUUUUUCCUAAUGUUAGAUAGUGUGUUAAUGGAGAAAGCUUUGUGCCUUGAUUGUAACAGUUCCUCUUGUUAACUUUGUGGUUUUGUGUUGGCUUAACUAUUCAAAUACCUUGUAUUUUUGCAGGUCAAGAUAAUAUUUAACCUAAUUAACAUACUCUGGUUUCUUUUCAUAUGGUAAAACUCUUCUCCUUUUAACCUUUAAGACACUAGUUAGCACUUGUAUUUAUGUUUGAACCUGCAGUGAUUUUAGGAUAGCGGAUAUGAAAGUUCUGUGUUGUACUAUGAUAUAAUUUUGUGUGAGUCUGCUAAUGUAGAGAUUAUGCAGAAGUAUUUAAGGCUGUGUGCAUUUUGACGGGUUUCUCUAUAUUUCAUCUCAGAAAGAGGGCAUAUCUGGUUGAGUAAAAGCCCAGGGUCCAAAUCCCGAUUUUACUGUGGUGUUCUUAAUACGUCCGUACUUAAGGCAUCAGUGAUUAAUGACUGGGAUGAAGUAGGGAGACUUUAUUACUAGUGUUAUCUUAAGGGACUGCAGUUGUGUGUGAAAGCAAAUUCCCUUUCUUAGUAAUAUAGUGUUCUCUCAAAGCUCCUCUCAGUCAUGUAAUCUUCAAUUAUUUAACCCUUAAGUCCUUUUCCCUCCUUCAAUUUCAUUAUAUAGCCUUGCCUAGCCAGUUGAUAAAAUACAGUCUAAUAGAAGGGCAAUAACCCAAGCAACAGAGCAAUUCACAGCAGAUUGUAUUUCCUGCAGCCACUAGUCCUGCGGGUGGGUGGACUACUUUGUAAUUAUCAGUACGUCAUUCUCUGGGCAGUGCAGAGAAGCAAUUCACAAUCAUGUGGGAGAUACCUCAGUCCAUAUAACUCUAGAUGGGCAUGACUGCCAGCUUAAUUAUUUAGAGAGCGGUUUGCAGCAUUCUUCUGCCAAAUGAUGGCUUUGUUGAUAGGUGUUUGUUUUUCUUGAUAAACAUUGUUGGGUUAUUCCUGGCUACUGCUCUACAAAUGUCUUCCAGAGAAGCAUUCACAGUGCGUAAACCUUUGAUAUCACUAUUGACCUUGUUUAAUGAACCCAUAUGCAUAAGCCUUUAAUGUUUCCAGUGAUCUUGUUGAAUGAAAUCACACUUGAUGCAGUUUAGGCUUAUGUGUGCAGUUGUAAUGUAAAUACAAGCCUUUAUCCAGCAAGACAACAUCUGAUAAGAAGUCAAGUGACUCAGUGUUCUAGGACUGAAAGACUCGUGCCUAAGUGGUUUUGUGCAUUCCAAAUAUAUAUUUACUGCAUAUUACACACUGAACAUGUGCCAUUUUUUAAUACAUUUGACAGAAAAGUAAUGUAGAGUCUAAGCUAAACAAUAUUUUCUAUGAAUUUUUGCUGAUGGACAAAGGUGACAGCUCAGACAUUCUUCUAUCUGGUGUUUUUACUACUAAGACUGCAUUUAAUGUUAAAGGCUUUACUGAAGCUUCAUUUAAAGGUUCAAAAGGCUGAAUUAUCACACAUUUAAUUAUUUCAAAUCCCAGGAUGGAAACCUGUGCAUGGUUGGUGGACACUUCAUUGUUGCCCUCUUCAGAAAUCUUUUAAUGUGCAGAUGUGUGAAUAGUGUUUGGCCAGCUGCUUGUAACACCAUAGCAGAGCAACUGCUAAAAUGUAUUAGGCUUGAUGAAAAACACUUGAUGGAAAACUGGCUUGAACAAAAUUAUUUAUAAUCACCUUCUCAGCUGUAUCCCAUUCAGUUGACACCACUGCCUAAAGGCUUGUCACAUCAAAUUAUAGAAUUUCUGAGUUGACAAUAAUAGAGUAUCUCUGAUUUUAUUAAGAGUAGCCCACUAGCUGCAAAUCAAGCAAUUCAAUUUCCAAGGGACCAAGUCUCUGCCAAAAUGGAUCUGGCUGUACAGUUACUCUUGAUGUAGCAGAUCUACUCAUAACGGAAGCCAAAGUGGAGGGUAUUAUUAUUAUUAUUAUUAUUAUUAUUAUUAUUAUUAUUAUUAUUAUUGCGCUGUAGAUUUGCACAGCGCUGUACACAAAACAAUAAAUAUAUACGAGAAAGCCUGCCUAUGGCGUACAAUGUUCCUAAUUGUAGAAACUGUGAAAACCACACCCUCUUGGCGGUUCUACCAGAAUAACCUUGUUCAGAAUACUUGAUAAUAAUGACAGUCAUGGGAAAAGAUAUAGGCACCCAGUGACAAAGAAGUCAUCAAAGCACAUUACACAUUGUAAUGUGCAGUGCAAAUCGGUUGUGCUCUUUGUCUUAACGAAAUAAAAUCAGGACAAUUUGUGGAUUUUGCAAGUUGCAGAAAUGGCUGCUGCAAAAGGACAUAAUCCCUCAUGAAGUUGUAUGAAUAUCUCGAUCGAGGCUCCUUGUUCCUGGGAGCACCAUAUUCCCCCCAAAACAAUUGGCUUGUGUUUUUACCCAUCGGAUAAGUAAUUGAAAUGGAAUUAAUUUUUCUCUUUGACCACUUUUAGAGCUUGGAUGCUUCUUUGAUUAGCCAGGAGAUCUCUGACAGUUGUAUUGUCCAUCUUUAUUUAAAAGUGCUUGCCUCUGAUCAGUUGGAUAUAUUAUAGGAGUGCCAGGUGAACUGACUUCAGUUCUAAAAAAAUGUAUACGGUGCUCUCCUUCUGGUGAACUUCAUUUGACUUUAGUUGUAGUUGAUUGACAACUAGCCCUCCAAUCAGUCAGAAUAACACUAGCCCCAUCUGACUUGAGGAAAGGAAUUCCUGCCAUUAAAUUUGCUUUGUGGAUCCACCAGUGGAAAGAUUUCAUCAAGUCCUUUGCCAACUGUACAUCUUAAAGAUGGUUGCUCUGUAUUGUUAAAGAGUGUAGUUGCAGAAACAGUUGAAGCCACAUGUGAAAACUGUACUGUUGAAAUCACUUGAACCUGAGCUACAUGCGUAACAUCUGCAGAUGCUCCUGCUGUCAAGGAUUAAGCAUUUUCUCUUUCACCUCUGUAGAAAAGAACAGCCAAUGUUCUUCUAGAUCUGUGUUAGCUCCUAAAUGCCUUAACCACUUCAAGAGGAUUAAAUUAAUCUUGAAAUUCCAAAGGAGUUGUAUUCAAAAUGACAGUGUACUGUCAUUUUUCCACUUUCCAUCUGGUCUACAUGUUAACAAUAUAUUUUCAAGGUAAAGAAAGAGCUCAGCUCCAUGUCAGAUUUGCCAUAAUAGUUCUUCAAAUACCCAUGAAGCUGAUACAAACCAUAGGAAAGUGUCUUGAAUUGGUAGUGCUUUCCUAAAUGCAGUGCAAAAGAAUCUUCUCCAGUUUGCAACUUUAGGUACAUGCAACAAACUUCCCUCUCAGCUAUUGGAGCUAGGUAAUUAUCCUGCUGCAAAUUGCCUUUGCAGUGUUUAUUUGAAUUGUUGUACUUUACAAUACCAUUUAGGCACUUGAGAUCUAAAACUGGGUGGUACCCCAUUGUGCUUAGAGACUGCAAAGGAUGUUGAAUAAACCCACUUCCUUUUUGAAGGGAGGGAAAAGGCAAUCUGAAUUGCUUCUUGCUUGUUUUUUGAACAACUGCCAUAGCCUAUUUCUUGUCUUUGGUUUCAAUCAGCACUUUCUGUAACAAGAUCUUUCAUCUGAAGAUGCAUUGCUAGAUUUGCUGUGAACUUUUGGUCCAUCUCUCCUGAUGAUUGAGCCAAACAGAUCCAAUACUAUAGCAUGUAAAUUGGAGUGCAUCUUUGGAGCUGACAUGUCUGCCCCACAUUCAGGUUAAAUGAGGGGCCUCAAAACCCCUUCUACUUACUGUGGUGCUCAACAUAUGGACUGGGUUGCAGUCAGGCUGCUUAAUUACUAGAUGCUAGCCUUGUGACACACCAAACUAAAUUGCAGUCUGUAGGUUGUAGCCAUUUAUAACCUAUUCCUGGUUCCUACCACUUCCCUACAAUGCAUUUGUGCUGAAGAUAUAAAAUAUUUAUUCUAAAAAGACACCUGUACCAUAUCUUACUGCUGAAUUGAGUAAAGUCUCACACAUUGGAGGUAUGCAGUGAAACCUAUACAUGGUUAGUUGGAGCUAAACUCUUCACAUUUAAGGAGGCUUUCUUUCUGGCAAUUUUGCAUCUGAUUAUAGUACUAUCUACUUCUCCAGUCUAGCUAGUGAAAUGUUUCACCUACAGUGUUUCAUCAAUAUACAAAAAAAUUACCAAUUUUCUUUCCCCAUUUGCAUGCAGGUAGAAUUCAAAAAUAUGGCUGAGUUAGUCUGGAAAAUCAGUAUGAAAAGAGAUCUUGCACCUUUGAAACUAACUGAGAGAAGUUGGUAGCAUGAGCUUUCAUAGACUUAAGCCUACUUCCUCAGAUACAUGGAGUAGAUGCAUGACUCUACCACAUGAAUCUGAGAAAGUAGACCAAAGUGUACAAAAGCUCAUGCUACCAGCGCUCUCUGUAAUAAUGAUGAUGAUGAUGAUGAUUUAUUUAUAGCCCGCCCAAUCACUAGGAAUCAAGGCAGGUUACAACAGUAAAAAUGCAUCAGAAAUACAAUAAAAUACUAAUUGAUCCCUUCCCAACCCCUCCCCAUUAUUAAAACUAUAAUUAAACAAUCAAAGUUUAAAAACAAUAAAAUGCUAUAGAGCAUUAAGUUAAAAUUAAAAACAAUUUGGCAGGCAAAGAGACAUCACAAAACUGAGAUCAUAUUCGUAAACAUACACAAAGGGAAGAAGCUAGAUUUUAUUAGGUUGGGAAGGCCUGCAGAAGAGAUCCGUCUUAAGAGCCUUUUUGAAGUCUGUAAGAGUGGAGAUAUGGCUUAUCUCUUCCGGCAGGUCGUUCCACAACUUCAGCACAGCAGUAGAGAAGGCCCUUUGAGUGACAGAAGUUAGCCUAGCUCUUUUUGGUUGAAGUAGGUUCUCAAAGAUGCUAGAAGGUUCCUUUGCAUACUGAUUUUCUUACAUGCAUUCUGGGAUGAAGAACAAAUACAGUAUACAGUCGCCUAUGACAAAUUUCAAGGUUAAAUGUAAGCACAAAAAUAAUGCUGCCCAUCUGAUAUAAGGCUUGUACAGGGUCUCUUCUUUCUCUUCUAGAUGAAGAGAUUUCUGCAUUCUUUGUCUCUUAAUUGAAAUCGUGUUACAAUGUCUGCCAUAAGUUUCCUAAGAAAAAUAGAGGUCUUUUACCCCUGCAAAAUUUUCUGCUUUCAAAUGGAAAGACUGUUAUGUGUGUAAAUAAUUUGAAGGCAUUCUGUUAUGCUCACUGAAGUCACAUAUUGGCAUUUUAUUUUUAAUGCUGUUACGCUAAAUGAUCUCACCUGAUACACAGCAGUUCAGAAAGCCAAAUGUGAAUUUUUACUUCUUCGGUGGCUUUGAUUAUUCUAGCUUUGCAGCUGUGGACCUUUUGCUCUUUAUAAAACACUUAAAAUGUUGAUUUUAGGAAAAAUUGUUUGGAAAACAUGUUAAUUCCUUAACACUGACAAAAGUCAAGGUCCUUUACAAGUGUGGUUUGCCUGCAUAAGUAUUAAUUACAUUCAAGUGACUGUGAAAACAGGUAUUGCAGCUCUUUGGUUCCAGGUUUUACCAGAUUUAUUUAGUAGCUUGUUUGUACUGUACAGGUAUGUAAUAAUUUCAGUUAUAAACUUAAGCUUGUUUCAUAUGUCAUUGAGCUUUAAAUUCAUGUUAGUGUACUGAUGUGUUGCAAUUUUAAAAGUGUGUUUAAAUUCCAUUUUCUAAAAGCUAGUAUAAGCUGUUUUUAAGAGCAGACUGUAUUUGACUAAAUACUUGUUUGUAAACAAUUGGAUCAUAGUCAAGUUUUAACUGUGAAACUUAAAAUGCAAAUUGUGACUAUAAAGGUAUAUUAACAUAUUGCUUUAAAUGUGACAAUACGUAGAGCUUUAUUUCUUAAUAUACUCUAGCUUUUAACAGUGUGUAAUGAGUUACUUUAUGAUUCUGGGUUGGGAAUGAAAGGGUAGUUAUUGCCCCAUGAUGGCAUGCUCUGGAGAGACACUAUGUGUAAAAUAGUUCACAAAAAGAAACAGCAUGUAAUAUAACAGUUGUACUAGAGUGGAUUCAAGAGGGCCUUGGACUCCUAACAGUAAAAGUUCUCUAACAAA